AUGGCGGGAAACGGCACUAUGUUACGCGAUCUUUUUUACCUCCUUAUUCAUUCAGAUGCGCCUUUUCUGAUGGUGCUCAUGUCUCUGUCAGUCGCCAUGGCAGAGGCAUCGAGGGUACCUAUGCUCGAAGCCGCGGUGUGUCGGGAAUGGUAUCUCACACGCUCACCGCAGCUCGUUAGCCCGGAAGGCCAUGUGUCUGAACGCCUCUGCAAGCUGCCUGAUAUUCAGACGAAGACAAUGAUGCUCAUCGGGGGUGAUAUGCGAUGGGCUGCUACUACGGCCUUGAUGAUGGCGUUCCCCAGUGCCUGGCUGGCUCGGAGAGUGGACAAGCGAAAGCUGCUUAUACUGUGUACGACCGGCUUUAGUGCUAAGACGGCAACUUUCACUCUCCUCUGCCGCUACCUCACGGGCUCGUUGAGGGCUAUCUGGCUCAUUCAUUGCUGGGACAUGAUUGGGGCAAGUCAGAUAGUCAUACUCACCCUGUUGUGGUCAAUGGUGGCCGAGAGAACCACAUCGGCUAUCCGCGAUGGAGAGAUGGGCGAGGCCGAAAUACAAAACAUAGCUGAAGACGUCAAUACUCCACUUCUACAACCAGUCGCAAACUCAGGCGACUCGGACAUCUCCAGCCUGGGAAGCGAAGUGAAAGGUGGCGCUAGUGAAGAGUGUAUACCCCAAUUCCAUGGGCGAUUCGAGCGUCUAUUCGGGCCCGUAUUUUGGGCAACAACGAAUUACCUCUCCCGCAUACACUUUCAUAUUCUCCGACAUCGGGUAUUCCAAGCCGGUUUCGCAUUGGAAUUUUUUACCGUUCUGGCAAUGGGAACCAAUAUGGUGCUACCCCAGUGGACAAGCCACCAAUUCGACUGGCCAUUGGCAAGGGUGACAACCAUUACGGCCUUCACUAUGCUGGUUAGCAUUGCCGCACUGAUUACAGGGCCGUUCAUAAACGCACGGCUGCUUCCAUAUUUCCGUACCGCCCGUCACAUGGACCUGUUCGUGACUCGAAGCUAUAUCAUUAUCCGGAGCGUUGGUGCUGUUAUGCUGGGGUUCUGCCGCACGCCUGCUACCUUUUUCCCUGCUCUAGUAUUAUAUACUAUGGGAGUCGGCCUUGUGGAUAGCACUAAAGCGCUUGUGACACACUUCUCAGACCCCACGUACAUCACAGAGUUGUACACCACACAGGCUAUUGUCAAUAACAUGGGUGCCUUCACUGGGGGCUGUCUGUGGCCUGCCGUGUUUAACCUCCAACUCAAGCUAGAUGGUUUCUGGUCAGGGCUCCCUUUCUGGAUCAGUGGAGGGUUAUUUUUGGUUGCUCUGCUAGUGACGGGUCCCUUCCAGAGCCAGCUCCGCAAGCAAAGCCACGCAACCUUUGGCGUAUAG